AUGGCGAUGAUUCUUUUUUCUUUCAACAGGUUUGUUCUUUAUAAGUUACCGAAGUAUAACAUUAAUGAGAGUGCCGGAUCCGGACUGAACUAUCUGUAUUUGGAUUCAAUGUCUGAAGGAUGGCAGCCGGGCAGGUCCCUUAUCAAUAUGACAGAGAGCGCAGUAGGACGGGUAUUGGAGCAACUCUACCGAACGUACCGAGUGAGUUUAUUCUGCCUACCGUCAUAUCAUGUCAUAUAAGAGAAAAUGAUGUGGAAGCUAAAGGGAAACACUCAUAGUGGGGUUAACCCAUAGAAAACUACUAAAGUAGUAAAAGAAAAAAAACGAAGGAAAAUCUGAAUGCCCUAAUAAGGUAAAAUAUAACUUUUAUUAAUUAGGAUUAAAAAAAUGCACAAACGUUGUCAGCAGAAAAAUAUACUAGGCUGUACACUAUGUACAAUCUCAUAAACCUAAAGAAGAAAAUAAAUAAAUAUAAUAGGUAAAACCCAUGUGAAUAAAUAAAUCAUAGGGCUACCCACUAAAUGAGAGCCCUAGAUGGUGGGCUAUAACCUGUGAACUGAGCACUGAGAGAAGAACUAAUAAUACUACGUAGAAAUAUCAUGCCAUCAUAGUAUCUCUCAAUAAGGAAGAUAUGACACUACAUCUAUGUAACGGAUCGCCUGGCACCCCGACUGGGUACCUCCGUUGAAGAAUGCUCCUAGUGCUUCCUGAGGACUCCAAGCACUCUGGCAGACACCACAACCACCGAACUGGAGAAACAAAUAAAUUCUCCCAAGCAUAUGAAUGCUGUAGACAGUUGAAUAGGAACCAUAUGAAUAGGUUUACUCUCCUAGCAGUCAAACUGGAACAGCAUACAAUAAAUCCUUCCCCCAAUAAUGAGACGACACUUCACUUUGAGGGUUAAAACAGGAACUCCCUGGACUGGCACAUACAGCCUCUUUUAUUCCCUAUCCACAAACUUAGUACUGCCCACAGGGUUUUACAUAACAACCAAUAACACGUACAUUACAGAAAGACACUCCCACACAAAAUCCUCCCCUCUGGCUGUGAUAUGAUUACUGAACACAAUGGGUAAUCUAAUGAUCACAGCCAGAGAAAUACAGUUUCAUAAAACACAUCACAGGGACCCCAAAACAUGCAAUAACCCCAUAAAAGUAUAUCAUUGGAACUGGGGGAUCUGGGUGAACCACAUAGCCAAAAUUCACCCAGAUCCGUUCAGUACUUUGGAAAAUACAGUUUAAUGCAGAUUCUGCAGAACAUAUACAGGCUAAAUAAAAAACAAUCACUGUAUAAUGUGUCCCCUGCUGUAUAGUCCAAAACCACGCACGAUGUCUCUGUGCAACAAAUACUGGCGAGAUGGCACCGUGUUGAAAAGUCCACACAGUGUCUGUGAGUUAAAAUGGCUGCCAUCCAUUGUUCUCACCAUGUGCUUCUGAUACAGGAAAUGGUGGCCACCCAGUAACUCCACAGUAUGUCCCCAGAUGGUUCUUAAAAGGGCUAGCAGCAGCACAACACAAAUCCAUUAUGCCCAAAUCAUGUCUUUAAAGGGCAAUACAUCCCAGGGGCCAUAGUCACAUGGCAGGAGGCUGGCAACCAGGCUUCUCCAGUGCAUAGUGGUGAGGUUGGUUCCGCCACAAUCUAAUAAUACGAAUAAAGACGGCCUGUUCAAAAGUUCUCAGUGUCCUCUGACUUCAACAAGACAAUGUUUCAGUUUAUGAAAAUGGCCAAACUGUUACAAACAGUGAUACAAGCUGAUCUGAUUUGCUCAAUCUGAAUAUAAAUCUCUGUAUUCAGUUCCACAUCUAUAGUGCUGGUUUUAAGUGGACCCAUGCAAUAGCAUGAUAGAGAUGUGCAAAAGGAGAUGGAUGUAUUUCCACAAGCGAAAGUCUGCAUAUGUAAUUAUUGUACCCAGAUGAGUGCAAUGCUAAUGAUGUAUGUACUAAAAUAACUAUUAGCCCAGUAUAUAAAACUAUAUUGAAUCCAAAAAUGCCGAUGUGGCUAUUGCUAAAAUAUUGUCAGUGCCAAUAAAACACUAACCUGUUAAAGUCACUGGGAACCAAUAGUUAUAGGGGUAAAAAAAGGUUGUCUAUGUUAAUGUAAUACGUAAUUAACUGACAGAUAGAACGUCCUGCCCUCCUGCCUACUUAUAAACAAAAAAGGGAAAAAAAGAUCGAGCAACCUUAGCCCACCCAGUCUAAAACAAGAAAGAAGCUCGGGAUUCUGAAGGUUGUGUGGUGUUCACAGAUCAAAAAUCCAGUGAAUCACCGAAGACCCCUGACGCACGCGUUUCGCCCACAACUCAUUAUUAUUAUUAGAUGUAGUGUCAUAUCUUCCUUAUUGAGAGAUACUAUGAUGGCAUGAUAUUUCUACGUAGUAUUAUUAGUUCUUCUCUCAGUGCUCAGUUCACAGGUUAUAGCCCACCAUCUAGGGCUCUCAUUUAGUGGGUAGCCCUAUGAUUUCUUUAUUCACAUGGGUUCUACCUAUUAUAUUUAUUUAUUUUCUUCUUUAGGUUUAUGAGAUUGUACAUAGUGUCCAGCCUAGUAUAUAUAUCAUGUCAUAUACCUCCAAACCCUGCUUCACUGGACGCCAGUGGGAGGGGCUAAAAGCAGCUCAUUAAUAAUGUGACUUGUGUCACUAGCCACAUCUAAAGGGUUGACACUCCCAGAAAGGGGUGGGUUUGGUGGUAGCCCACUGUUUCAGUGCUUUCUGCAGGGUCCUAGUGCCCUGAGAAUAAUGUGCUCAUACUAGUGUCGGUGACAGUUCCCUGGUGUUCUGCUUUUGGGGGACGGCAGGACAGGAUCUAAAAAAUUUGGGAGGCCUGAUUCAUACUGCAUAUUACUGUUAGUUUUAUUGCUGUGGAGCUCUGUGAUACACUCAUACACACUGACAUUACUGUGAGUUUUAUUGCUGUGGAGCUCUGUGAUACACUCAUACACACUGACAUUACUGGGAGUUUUAUUACUGUGGAGCUCUGUGAUACACUCUGUACAUUACUGGGAGUUUUAUUGCUGUGGAGCUCUGUGAUACACUCAUACACACUGCACAUUACUGUGAGUUUUAUUGCUGUGGAGCUCUGUGAUACACUCAUACACACUGCACAUUACUGUGAGUUUUAUUGCUGUGGAGCUCUGUGAUACACUCAUACACACUGACAUUACUGGGAGUUUUAUUGCUGGGGAGCUCUGUGAUACACUCAUACACUCUGUACAUUACUGUGAGUUUUAUUGCUAUGGAGCUCGUUAUUACACACUACAGUGAGUUUGGGAUUAGGAUCACACUGGAGGACAUUCGAUGAUAUAAGUAUUUUAUAAACUUUCUAUAAUUUCAGACAAAUAGUGCUGUAUAUAUGAUGUAUAACGACGCUCCACCCAGCAUGAAAAACUAUACUACUAAACUUGGACAUAGUAAAGGUGAGUCAGUGAUUAUCCCUUAACACUGAGACAAUGUAUUCACUGAACGGUGUGUAAUAAUGGGACCAUCCUCACAAUAUUUAAUGUCUUUACUGAUACAUGAUAUAUUUAGUACACAUUGAUAUAAUGUAUUAUAUGUACAAUUCUAUAUAUUAUCAUUGUAUAAUGACUUUAUUAUCAUCCUAACAAUAUAUAAUGUCUAUACUGAUAUAUGAGAUAUUAAAUACACAUAUGGAUAUAUGUAAUGUAUAUUAUGUACAAUGCUAUAUAUUAUUAUUCAAUAAUUGUAUAAUGACUUUAUUAUCAUCCUCACAAUAUACAAUGUAUGUAGCGGAGUGAGAGUGUGAACUGCAAUAUCUCCGCUGGUAGACGCGAUCAGCAUGCACAUAAAGUGUAGCGUAGUACUUCCAAUCCCAUUCCCCAACAACUGGACGAAACACAGCUUUGGGAGUCAACUGGUUUUUAUUGAACCACAGCUGGCUUUUAUGCAAUUCACCAUGCAAGGGGUUUCUUUAAUGACAUUGCCCCUGGUGGACCUUGUUGAGGACUGGGAACAAAGCCAUAUUUCCCAUGAUCCUUUUCUGUACUUGGAAGAUAAUUGUGUAAGAACAAUUAUUUAAUUAGAUUAUCUCCCAAGUACAGAACAUUAAACAAUAUUUCCAAACAUCAUAACUCCCAUAAUAUUAAUCAGAACUCCACGAAAGACACUUCACUGAAUAGUAGGGAUCUGAGUGCCCAAUCUGUUGAAAAACCACUCAGAUCUGUUCGAGUGAAGUUUUGGUCCGGUCAGCCAUGAGGUGAAGCCCCAAAACAGUUCCAUGCGAUUGACUGUUUUGACCGGUCUUUCUUUCGGGGGUUCUCACGAACAAACUAACGAUGGUAAACGUUCAUAAACAAUAUGUCUGUAUUCUGUUCGUGAAGUAGAAAUAGUCGAACCAACUCAGUCUUUUACACAAAGAAGUGGCUAGGUUUGCCACAAUGCUCCCCCCAGAACCACAAGCCAGCAUACACAGUCUGAUUCCAACGGAUCGGCUUGGGGAUGUCCGGAGGAGUAUUCACAGAUUACUUUUCAAGUUCAGUCUGUCUGGAUAACCCGUCAGCGUUGCCAUUUUGUCAGGGGCCAUGUAGCACUGCCGAAACGCGCGUUGGGUGUUUGAAGCUCUGGGUGUUAACUUUUUCACUGGGCACCUUAUUUUUGGACUCACUUUUGACUUAACAUGUUGCUCUAAUUACUUGCUUUCACUUUUUUCCUCCUUUUUGUUUCUAUGUCUAUCUAGCAAGAUUACCUGGGAGAGAGGCUUUGCUACAUUACUAAUUCAUGACAGUAUUUUACUGACAUUAGAACACAAUGUUUGGCUACAGACAGCAUGGUUCCAUUGGACAGCUUGUUAGACUAGUUGUCAUACUUACCAUCACCUGUUGAUACAUAUCUAUACAACCUAAUAAGCCACUAGUAUUCAGAAGGAGUACUUUGACAACUUGCUAAAUAACUCUGUCUGUCUGUUUUGACAUUUGACUGGAAGCUGCACUUUAGGAUUACUCAGACCCAUCUAAAUAAUACACUCAGAUAUUAACUCUAACACUCCUGGCUUAUAUAUUUCUUUGGAGCCAUACCAAUAAAGCUCUUUUUAUCUAAUCAGGAACAAUACUGCGACCAGUAUCUGAUUUAUCUUAUAUGGACAUAGGAAUUAACCCUAUAGGGUUAUGACUACACAGGCCAGGUGUGUUUCAUAGCUUGCAAUUCUCUAGAUACAUAUUGCUAUCUAUCUUUUUUUGUAUUCUUUUUAGCUACAUAUCCUCCAUAUAUUCAACUGACUACUACAAUUAUCUCCAGGCAGGGGAGGCAUAGUCACCUUUGGUGUACUUGCAUACCUCGUUUAUAAUUUUUGUAACGUUGGCAAUAGUGGGUUAACCUCUUAGAGAGGUCCCUGGAAUCUCUCAUCGAUGCUCUGUUAGUUUGGACCACUGAGACAUAACCGUUUUAUGGUCUGUCACAGUUGAUCCACACUGAUUAUUUUCUCUACAGAUGCAUUCACUGUGAUACAUGUAAUAUGUGAUAUACACAGAUACAUUCACUGUGAUACAUGUAAUAUGUGAUAUACACAGAUACAUUCACUGUGAUACAUGGAAUAUGUGAUAUACACUGAUACAUUCACUGUGAUACAUGGAAUAUGUGAUAUACACUGAUACAUUCACUGUGAUACAUGGAAUAUGUGAUAUACACAGAUACAUUCACUGUGAUACAUGGAAUAUGUGAUAUACACAGAUACAUUCACUGUGAUGCAUCUGGACACACUAGGUUUGCAUAUUACGAAGAUAUUACUGCCUAAAACCUUGUUCACAGCACAAUGGCUGCCGGGAGUUGGGGAUAAUGUUUAUAGGCUCACUGGGUUAUUCAAUAAAGUGAGUAUUCUCAGGAAUUCAAAGUCUGUCUAUCAAUCUAUUAUUAUUAUUAUUAUUAUUUUAUUAUUUAUAUAGCGCCAACAAAUUCCCUAGCGCUGUACAAUGGGUGGAUUAACAGUCACAUAAUUGAGAUCAGACCACUGAUGUACAGGAACAGAGGGGGUGGAGGGCCCUGCUCGAUGAGCUUACAUGCUAGAGGGAGUGGGGUAUAGUGACACAAAGGGUUAAAGUAGGGGAAUUAAAUCGUUUGUUAGAGAAGGGUUUAUUGAGUGCUUGGUAGGUCAUUUUUGACAGUUGCAGGAACGGAGUCAUGGGGUGGGGGAUGAGAAACCUGCUGACAGUUUAAUUGAUACGCUUUACUGAAGAAGUGAAUUUUCAAAGAUUUUUUUAAGCGUGGAGGCUGGGUGAAAGUCUGAUUGAGGAGGGAACGAAGUUCCACAGAUUCUAUCUUUUUCUCUAUCGAUAGAUUGUUAGACAGACCGAUCUAUCAAUAGAGAAAUAGAUUGAUAGACAGACCGAUCUAUUGAUAGGGAAAUAGAUAGAUAGACAGACAGAUCUAUCGAUAGAGAAAUAGAUAGAUAGAUAGACAGACAGACAGCUCUAUCGAUAGAGAAAUAGAUAGAUUGGUAUGUCUGUCUAUCAAUCUAUCUAUUUCUCUAUCGAUAGAUCGGUCUGUCUAUCUAUCAAUCUAGUUCUCUAUCGAUAGAUCUGUCUGUUUAUCAAUCUAUUUCUCUAUCGAUAGAUCGGUCUGUCUAUCAAUCUAUUUCUCUAUCGAUAGAUCGGUCUGUCUAUCUAUCUAUCUAUUUCUCUAUCGAUUGAUCGAUCUGUCUAUCUAUCAAUCUAUUUCUCUAUCGAUAGAUCGGUCUGUCUCUCUGUCUAUGUUCCAUAAUUCUACCAAAAAAAAUCUACCUAAUUAUAAGUCUACAAAAAAACAGCAACUUAUAUUUAUUGUAUACGUAUUUACUUGGGAACAGUGCUUGUUUUGGUUUGAUAAACGUCUGUCAUAGUGUAAUUAGAUUUGAUUGAGAUUAAUGGUGCAAGCCAGAGUUUGAUAUUUUCAGAAUUUCUGAAGAUGCAGAAUGUUCAUGAUCCUCGCUGGUGGAUAGGGGUCAUGGAUUGCAGUGGCCGCAGGUUUCUGAACUCUUUGCCCAGUUAAAUCAAUGAGAUGGUUAAUAAUUAGGUUUUUGUUGUUGAAAGCCUUUCAGAGGCUCGUCAGCCAUGUUUAAAUCUCCCUGAAGCUGCUGCAACAGGCGUUCCUCAGGAUGUUUGUUAGGGAUGUUCCAGUUAAACACAGAUAUUGAUGCCGCAGCGUGCAGUGCCGAACUUUGUACUAACGCUGACUCAGCAUCGGAUGCAUUAACUCAAUAAUAAUAAUAAUAAUAAUAAUAGCAGUAAUAAUUAUAGUAAUAAUACUACCUUUAACCCAGCCAGUACCUGACUGUAAUAUAGUAACAAUAACAUUACUAGCAGUAAUAAUACUACCUGUAAUCCAUCCACUACCUGACUAAUAUAGUAAAAAUAAUAAUAAUAAUAAUAAUAAUAAUACGAGCAGUAAUAAUUACAGUAAUAAUACCUGUAACCUAUCCUUUACACGAGUGUAAAAUAGCAAUAAUAAUAAUAAAUACUAGCAAUAAUAAUUAUAGUAUUUUUUUUUCUUUUGUUGCUCAUAACUCAUGGGUAAUGAAAUGACAGAUUGUUCACAACGUACUUUAAUAAUGUUUGUCCCCACAGAAUGAAUGUCACAGAGUCGAUCACUAAUUAAUAAGAGUAGAUAGGACUAGUGGGAACUACGUAUAGCAAUAGGUUACACUGUAUAUUAUUAACAAAUUACACUAAAGUACCAAAUUUUGUUUACGAGAUGUUCACGAAAGUUACAGGGAGGGGAAGAUAGGACAGGGGUUUGAAUGAAGCAAGAAAGAAGGAGAGAGAGUUUCCGUUGCUGCUGUUGUCGUCGUCUUCCUGAUGCCACUUGCUCAGCUGCAUUUAGACAGAAUGAACUUAAUAAAUAUAUAGUAGCCAGUCAUAGGAACCCCUGAACCGAUCUGGGUGAUUUUUGGAUAUGUUUGUCCCCCAGGUCGGGGCUAUCAGAGGAUAUGACUUUUGUGGGGUUUCCAUGUGUUAUAGGGGUACUUUUGGGGGGUUGUUAAAAUGUAUGUUGAAUUUAGUACAGUUCCUGGCUCAAUCAUCUCUCAGGCACAGGGAAGGGAUUGUCUUAAUUUGUGUGGAAGUGUCCUGGACCUGAGAGCCAAUGUAAUUACAGUGUGAACUUUGUCACAGUCCCCUCUCAGGUCCAGUGGGGAAUACCCCUGGAAUAUGUUAUGGAAAACGCCUUGCAGGGACUUGCAUAUAAGGCCAGUUGUGGCCGCCAUUAAACAGUUCCUCUUCACCCUCAACACAGAGCCUCGCCUCAUGUGUGGAGGGGACAGUUAUAUUCCCUCUGGGGAUUGCUAUAAUAACUAUACUCCCUUGGAUUACAACACCAGCUCUUAUAAGAGCUAUCCUGCUAUACUCUCUGGAGUAGGAGAGGUCUUGGGUCCAGGGUGGGUGGAGGACAGCGAGUCCCCAGCCAAGCUGUAACACUGGCUGUGGGGGUUUACCGUGGUUAUGGUGUCCGGUGCAGGGUGCUUCUGGUAUUCAAUGAUGUAGCGGAGAGCUUGUCUUACACAGCCUAUCUCCACUUUAGAUCCCAGUAAGGCUCAGGAACAAGUAUUAUAAAUCCACAGGGUAAUAUUUCCAGCAGGCAAAAUACUCCAACAAUAUCCCAACCUCAAUCCCAAUGACUGGAUGACACACAGCAUCAGGAGCAGAACUGAACUUUUAAUCACAGCAUUGCCUUAUAAAGGUUUCUCCCAUGCAAGGGAGGGAUUUACAAUAAUUAGGACAGUAACCAAUGGUACAGUAGUUUCCUCCCAUACAUCACCUCCCCUCAGUGUGACACUUAAUCCACUUAUUUCGGUUACAGUUUUCCCUGUUUUCUGGAUGUACCCCAAAACUGUGGGGUACAAGGAUCUAAGUGGCAUCCCCUGAUAGCUCUGAUCUGGGUGACCAACAUACUCAAAAUUCACCCAGAUCAGACCAGGGGUUCGGGAGUUAUGGAGAAUAAACUAUUUGACCGCACACGAGGUGGUAGCCGAAAAGGGUUCCAUGUGUUUUGGCCCUGCGGUCGGUCUACGUUCGGGAGGUAAAACAGUCACUAAUCUUUGCCAUCCAUUGCUAAUAAUGUAUUUGCAUGAAUCCCUUUGUUCGUUAGAUUGAAUUCACCGAACGAGGGGUUGAUUAGCCCCUCCGUUCGGGAGUUCUGGAACUCUGGAGGUCUCAGCGGUGUUCGGGUAAUCGAGUGUCCGAUUUGAGUUCUAGACACUCGACGACCAAACAUCGCUGAGAGUUCGUGCGUAUGAUGGCCGCCGCAACGUGUUCGCUUACCGAAUGGCGGUCACCCAGAUAAAGCAAUAAAAAACCGAUGAACUGUGGUUAGAGAAGUGUGAAAGCCUUAAUGAGGUACACACUUCUCUCUGGGGUGGUCUAUUGAUUCGGUAGUUUUCAUUCGUAUGAAAUAUGAAUGGAAACUACCGAACAAACAUACGAAUUCCACAUACAAUUUCAAUUAUACAGUAAGCUAAACACACGAACAGUCUUUUAAACACAAUCCUGGAGGACAUCCACUACAAAUGAUUACUAGGAAGCCACGAUUGGCGGAGGCACCCGGUCGGGGUGCCAGGCGGUCCGUCACAAUUAUAUAUUGAAUAAACCUCAACACGUUGAAUAUUUGAAACAAACAAUCUUUUUCAAAAUAAAAACACUCCUUCUAAUGAAAUUACACAAAAAUUAAUAGAGGUUGAAAAGAAAAUUAAUGAAGCAUUGAUAAAAAGGGCAAAUUAUAUGCUAAAUAGUGUCAAAAGGAUUUGGUAUUAUGAGGGUAAUAGAUCCAAUACUCUUAUCAAAUCAAAAAAGAAAAAUCAAAUAAAUGUAAUUUCAAGAUACAACAUAAGGACCAAAUGGUUUUGAUUUCGGAGAAAAUACGACAGGUCUUUGAGGAAUACCACAAAACCCUUUAUAAUCUUCCAACAUCUUCUUCUAGAAUAUAUAUCGAAUCAUUCUUGGGAAAAUGCAGUAUUCCAAAAAUCGAUACUUUGGGUAAUAAAAAUUUUUAUGCCUGGGGAUAAUUAAGUUAGUACAUUAUCUAUCUUAAUUAUAUCACAGGCAGAGGGGAGGGAUUGUGCGCUGUAUGUGGGAAUGUCGGACAUUGUAGUAUUGUUCUUAUUGGUCUGUACAGUUCAUAAUGCGGUGCUCCAUCAGGUCCAGGGGGUGUGCCUCUGGCCUGAGGAAUUGUGUAUAAAGCCAACCUGUCCCAUUAAACCUUCAGACUUCUUCACACUCAAUACGGACUUCUGUUUCUUAUUGUAAGGAACCGCGGGAUUGCUGUAACGGAUCACCUGGCACCCCGACUGGGUACAUCCGUUGAAGGAUGCUCCUAGCACUUCCUGAGGACUCCAAACACUGCAGCAAAUACUGGCGAGAUGGCACCGUGUAGAAAAGUCCAAACAGUGUCUGUGAGUUAAAAUGGCCGCCAUCCAUUGUUCUCACCAUGUGCUUCUGAUACAGGAAAUGGUGGCCACCCAGUAACUCCACAGUAUGUCCCCAGAUGGUUCUUAAAGGACCAGCAGCAGCAUAAUAAAAUCAAGUAUGCCCUAGAAGGGCAAUACAUCCCAGGGCCAUAGUCGCAGGGCAGGAGGCUGGCAAACAGGCCCCUCCCAAAACCAGUGGCGAGGUUACUUUCGCCACAAUUGCUAUACACCGUAUACUCCCUUGGAUAAUCACUAGCUCUUGUAAGAGCUGUUCCUGAUAUGCUCUUCUGGAGGAGAGGUCUUUCCCACACGGUCCCGGAUGUCAGCGGUUGGUCCAGGGUGGGAGGAAGACGGCGAGAUUCCAGUUAAGCUACGGCGGUUGCAGAGGCUGCGGUGCUGAUGGUGUCCGGUGCGGCGUUUAUAGUCCUCGGUGUCAGCUAGGAAGCAUCCGUUGACGGAGGGACCAGUCGGGGUGCCAGGUGAUCCGUUACAGUCACCAGACCGUUUUUCAAUUAUCUUACCGCUAAGGACCAGGGCCAUUUUCAAAUUUCUGCAGUGUUUGUAUUUAGCUGUAAAUUUCCUCUUACUCAUUUACUGUACCCACACAUUAUAUACCGUCUUUUUCGCUAUUAAAUGGUCUUUCUAAAGAUACCAUUAUUUUCAUCAUAUAUAAUUUACUAUAAUUUUUUUUUAUAAAAUAUGAUUUAAAAAAAAAAUAAACAUCCAGAUAAUAUUCCUAUUCUACCCAGUCAAUCUGGAUCUUAUCCUUAUUCUAACCAGUCCCAUGGGUCUUACCUGUUCUACCCAAUCCAUAGCAUUUUAUUUAUAUUCUACCCAAACCACCAAGGUCUUAUACCUAUUCUUCUCAAUUUCCUGGGUCUUAUUCCUAUUCUACUAGAUCCCCUCCCUCCUCAGAUUCUAUUCUUCACAUUCCAGCGGGUCUUAUUUCUAUUCCAGCAAAUCACCCAGGGUCUUAAUCCCCACACACCCACCUGCUAAAAAUAUAGAUUAUGGGGUCCUCAAUCCCCCUAUGUCUUAUCCCCCACACAGAAUUAUGAUAUAGAGGUUGCUCAGUCCCUCUGGUUCUGUGAGCAUCCUCUAUACUAAGUGGAACAUAGACGAACAAUGAGGAGACUGUGUUACUUUCUGACAGAGAUUGAAUACAAUGCAGGAUUAGAUAUAUUUGUAAAUAUAUUUCUCCCCAAUAUAGGAAUCUUGCUAUUUGACAAAUCCCAGGGAUUCUGGCUAAUUCACAGUGUCCCCCGAUUCCCACCAUUCCCAGAGGAUGGAUAUGGAUAUCCUUCUACAGGCCAACUGUACGGACAGAGUGCCAUCUGUGUCACCUACAAAUACCAGCAGUUUAAAGAAAUCGGUGAGUUUUACUGGCUGUUAAUAAUUUUGUAACUGUGCUAUUUACAUAUUGACAAUAACUGAUAGCAGUGAUACAGGAAAUAACAUUUUACAGAGAUGUUUGGUGAAUUUACAAAGUAUAUACAAACGCAGAGAGAGAAAAAAAGUCUGCAGUACCAGAGCUAUGUAUAAAUCUGAAUAAAAUCAUGUAAUUAUCACCUCAUCUCUAAGAGCUUCAUGGUGCCACAGUGAUUUUUGAUUUCGGAAUUAACUUCCCAAUAAAGAUAGUGACGAAACCUCGCUCACCAAAAAAUUGUGUUUGAGCAUAUUAUAAAGAUAAUUUAAUUCACUUCAUUGAAAUUACAACGCAGUCAAAAGGUAUUUUAAGAAAAAUUAGGGACUACUUUGUCUUAUGGUAAAUCUUUACCUUGACAGAAGUCAGAGCUAUCAUGGUCAGUCUCUAUCAUCUUCCCCCCCUCCCCCCCCCCCACCAUCACUAGCACAUUGUGAGAAUAUAUCUAUGGAGGUUGACAUGGUCUUGCAGGAGCAUCCAUAGGCAUCAGUGUGAGUUUUACUUGCACAUGAGAGAACAGUACUGAGGUGGGCUCCAGGCAGAUGAAAGCGCCAGGAGCCAAGGCUUGCAAAUUGUGGCACCCACAGGAGACUGAAUCCGGUAAGUCUAACUUACUUGGGCUGCACCCAUGGGCCUCCUCAACCUGAGUCAUAUGUAUUGAAAGACCCUGGAAGGUGACAGAACUGCUUUAAAUCUGGUUUUAAAUUGGAAAAAAUAAAGUUGAAAUGCGACUCCACCUAAAGAAACUCAUAUGUCAAAACUCAGCGAUUCCUUAAAGAGGGCAUUCAACAAGGAUGCCAAAGCAGUUUAUCAUGCUGAAAAUUGGCAUAGUGAAACAUGGUGGUGGGAGCAUCACAAUGUCAGGAUACUUUUCAUCAUCGUGUACUGAUUAACUGACAAGGAAUGAUGGAUGGAGCCAAUUGAUGUGAGUCUGCAAGAUCCCUGAAACUUGUAGCGAAGGCUCAUCUUCAAAAGAAUGUCCUCCGAUAUGCAGCAAAUGAUACACUGCAGUCAUUUUAAACAAAGAACCUGAAUCUUUUGUUGUUUAGUCAAAGUCCAGACUUAAUUGGAGGUAAAACUUGGAAUGACUAAUGACCCCUUUCAACCUGUAGUGCUUGAGUCAUUUAGCAAGAAAAUUGGCCUUAAUUCAGGAUCCAGCUGUGCAAAUCUGGUAGAGUUUAAUUCAAAAGACAGACUAUUGUAACCGCAGCGAAAGAUUAUUCUACCAAAUAUUGUCUCAGCCAGGUACUUAGACAAUACUUAUUUAUAUAGCCCGCCAAGUGCCUGUUUUUUAGUGUACACUAAAAGGUUUGAAUACUCAUCCAAGGCACAAUUUGUUUGUGUAGGGGGAAAGAAAGUGUCUGUGUGGGGUGAAGAGGUGAAAACUCAGUUCCUUGAUAUGGGUCUUCAAUAUGUCCAUUAGCUCAACAAACACGUUCUCUGCCUAAGAUAGUUUUCACAAUAGAUUUCUAUCUGAUUUUGUUUUACAGCCAUCCAGAUGUUCUCCUACAACCCAAAUGUCUAUAACUGCUCCAUUCCUGAGGAAUACUGGGAUGACCUAUGGGGUCUACAGAAAAUAUGUCUUGGAAGCCACUUUCCCUGGGUGGAACCAACGCAUCUCAUCACAUUGGAGUCAGCUAAUGGAGAUACCUUCCUCAGCUUUGCUAAAUCCAAGUAUUUUGUUGAUGGUAGGAAUAGCUGUGAAAACAUGGUAGUUGGGUCACAAACCAGUUAUUAGUGGUCAAAUGCAACAGGUAGAAUGAACCCAGCACAGAAUGGGCACAUGGUAUAGGAAAGUAUUACCAGUAAUGAGUGCGCACAUAGUAUAGGCAGUUAUUAUCAGUAAUCUAACCUAGAACCCCCUCCCUGCCUUUCGUACGUAGUAUGGAUACAUGAUGGAGAACUAACCUAGAACCCUCUCCCUGCCUAUUAUACUCAUUAUGCAUAUAUGAUGGUGAUAUAGCCUAGAACCCCCUCCCUGCCUUUAAUACAUAUUAUGGAUACAUAAAGGCGAUCUAGCCUAGAACCCCCUCUCUGCCUUUUAUACUUAGUAUAGAAUCAUGAAAGGGCUAUCGCAGUGGGCUAGUUCUCCCACCCAUGUAGCUGGCAAUGCCCUCAACUUCAUCUUCUCUUACAGUAUGUAAUAUCUGCAAAACUCCAUUUCCUCUCUCUGAUCAUCACCUCUUAUUGUUUGCGCCUGAAUACCCCCUCACCCAACAACCUCAGCCUAACCCCCUCAAUUUAGGAGGAACCAUAAUUCUUUUGACUUCCAGCAGUCAGAUGAUAUUAUUAUGUUAUUAUUUAUAUAGCGCCAACAAAUUCCAUAACACUUUACAGUGGGUGGACGAACAGACAUGUAGUUGUAACCAGACAAGUUGAACACACAGGAGGGGUUGAGGGCCCUGCUCAAUGAGCUCACAUGCUAGAGGGAGAUGCACAAAAGGGAAGGAUAGUAUUAGAGUAAUAACAGUUUGUAACGGAUCACCUGGCACCCCGACUGGGUACCUCUGUUGAAGGAUGCUCCUAGCGCUUACAGAGGGCUCCAAGCACUCCGAGGACACCACAACCACCGCAGACCCCACUAACCGCCGCAGCUUGGUUGGGGUCUCGCCGUCUCCUUCCCACCCUGGACCUACGACAAGCCUCCAGGUUCCAGUGGGUGAACCUCUCCUCCAAGAGAGUGAAGCAGGAACAAGCUCUUAAAAGUGAAUAAGAGUGAAUAUAGCAAGGGAGUAUGCAGAGCAUAGCAAUCCCUUGUAGCAGAUUCCCCCAAUAAGAGACGGCACUCCAAAUUGAGGGUGAAGUAGAACUGACUGUACUGGCACAUACAGCCUCUUUUAUUCACAAUCCACAAACAUAGUACUGCCCACAGGGUUUUGAAAUACAACCAAUCAAUCCGUACAAUACACACAGACACUCCCCUAUGCCUGUGAUAUGAUUACCGAACACAAUGGUUAAUCUAAUUAUCACAGGCAGAGAAAUACAGUAUUAUAAAACAUAUCAAAGGGACCCCAAAACAUGCAAUAAGCCCAUACUUCAUAUAUCCUCGGAACCGAGGGAUCUGGGUGAACCAGAUAUCCAAAAUUCACCCAGAUCCGUUAAGUAGUUUGGAAGAUACAGUUUAAUGCAGAUUCCGCAGAACAUAUACAAGCUAUGUGAAAAAUAAUUACUGUUAAAUGUGUCCCCUGUUCUAUAGUUUAAAACUACUGCACAAUGUCUUUGUGCACCAAAUACCGGCGAGAUGGCACCGUGUUGAAAAGUCCAAACAGUGUCUGUGAGUUAAAAUGGCCGCCAUCCAUUGUUCUCACCAUGUGCCUCUGAUACAAGAAAUGGUGGCCACCCAGUAACUCCACAGUAUGUCCCCAGAUGUUUCUUAAAGGGCCAGCAGCAGCAUAAUAAAAUCAAGUAUGCCCACAUCAGUUCCUAGAAGGGCAAUACAUCCCAGGGCCAUAGUCGCAGGGCAGGAGGCUGGCAAACAGGCCCCUCCAAAAACCAGUGGCGAGGUUACUUUCGCCACACAGUUGCAUGAGAGGAAUCAGUCGGGAGCUAUUAACAGUUUAAUUGCUACGCUUUUAUGUAGAAGUUGGUUUUUAAUGUUUUUUUGAAGGAGUGGAGACUGGGUGAGCAUCUAACGUAGGAGAGAAGUGAGUUCCACAGGAAUGGUGCAGCCCUCGAGAAGUCUUGAAGGCGAGCAUCAGAGGUGGGAGUACGGAUAGACGAUAGAAGUCUUCAGCAGACAGUAAGGGCCUAGACGGGACAUACUUGUGUAUUAGUGAGGAUAGAUAGGUGGGAGCAGCAUUAUGUAGAGAUUUGAAAACAAGAACCAGAAUUUUAAAUUGAGCCAUAUAUUUUACAUGAAGCCAAUAUAGGGACUGACAGAAAGGUGAGGCGUGAGAAGUGCAGGCAGACAGGAAGAUGAGCCUCUCCGCUGCAUUCAUUAUGGACUGUAACGGCGCAAGUUGGGAGCACGUAAGACCACUGAGAAGCGGAUUACAGUAGUCAAGACGAGAAAGGACAGUGGAAUUGACCAGCACCUUAGUCGCAUCUGGCGUUAAGUUGGGUUGGAUGUGUGCAAUGUUUUUGAGAAGGAAGCGGCAGGAUUUGUCGAUAGACUGAACAUGAGGCUUGAAGGAGAGGUCUGAGUCAAAGAUAACACCUAGGCAGCGAGCCUGCGUGGUGGAGCUGAUGGUAGCACUGUUGACUUGGAGGCAGGCAGACACACGAGUAGCAACACUUGAGGGAGGAAAGACUAGAAUUUCAGUUUUGGUCAAGUUGAGUUUAAGUUAGAAAUAGCAGAGAGGCAGUCAGAGACACUAGUCAAGAGGGACGGGGAGAGAUCAGAAGAGGACAGGUAGAUUUGCGUGUCAUUCGCAUAGAAAUGAUAUUGGAAGCCAGAGGAGCUAAUGAGUUUACCAAGGGAGGCAGUAUAGAUAGAGAACAGUAGGGGACCAAGGACUGAGCCUUGGGGGACACCAACAGAGAUGAGUUAGGGAGAAGAAGCAGAGCUAGAGAAAGAAACACUGAAAGAGUGCUGGGAGAGGUAGGAGGAGCACCAGGAGAGAGAAAUAUCUUGUAAACUGAUAUUGCAGAGGAUGAGAAGAAGCUGUUGAUGAUCAACAGUGUCAAAAGCUGCAGACUAGUCAAGGAUAAUUAGGAUAGAGUAGUGACCACGAGAUUUUGCAGCGAGUAGAUCAUUGGAUACUUUGGUCAGUGCCGUUUCCACAGAGUGCUUAACGCGGAAACCAGACUGAAGCGGGUCUAGCAGAGAGUUAGACUCGAGGAAGUCUGUCAAUCUUGCAUACACAAUUUUUCAAGGAUCUUGGAUGCAAAAGGCAGUAGCAAGAUAGGACGGUAGUUGGAUGGGGAGUUAGGGUCAAGGUUGGGCUUCUUUAGAAUUAGGGUUACAGUUGCAUGUUUUAAGGGCCAUGGAAAUAUUCCAGAAGAGAGAGAGAGAUUGCAAAUUUUAGUGAGAGGUGGAGAAAGAGAAGACGACAGAGUACGGAUGAGAUGCAAGGGAAUUGGAUCUAGGGAGCAGGUGGUGGGACGGGAGGACUGGAGCAGAGCAAAAACCUUUUCCACUGUAGCAGGUGCGAAUGAACAUAGAACAGCAGAAGGAGUGAGGCUAGGGGAAGUAUUGUAAGGGGAAGAAGAAAGAUGAGAGAUCACUUCUCUUCUCUGAUUGUAGAUAUCUUGCCAGUGAAGUGAGUUGCAAAGUCUGAGGCAGUCACGUUAGUAGGUGAAGGAUGAACAAUAGGAACAAUGUGUGAAAUAGUCGUUUGGGUUCGCGGGAGAGUGUGGUUAUGAGGGUAUUGAAGUAAUUUACUUUUGCAGAGGAAAGAGCCACGCUGUAAGAGCGCAGCAUUAAUUUAUAGUGGAGAAAGUCAGCAUUUCUAUAGUUGCCCCGCUACAGUCUGUAAUGAAUGCUGCCGCCAGACUGAUUUUCCUCUCUAGUCGGUUCUCUCACACUUUACCCCUCGGUCAGUCCUUACAUUGGCUUCCUGUAUCCUAUAGGAGUCAAUUCAAAGUGCUAAAGUGCUAUAAACAUGAACAAUUCUAGUCCCUCUUAUAUCUCUUCACAGAUCCAUAGGUAUGCCCCUAAUCGGUCUCUGCCCGUGACCUUUUCCUGUCCAUUGCUCGCACCCGUUCGGCCAACUCACGCUUGCAGGACUUCUCACGGGCGACUCCCUUCCUAAGGAAUAGCCUGCCAACCGCCAUCACACUCUCCCCUAGUCUUUAAUCGGUUACGAAGUGCCUUAAACCCAUCUUGUGUGCCGUUACAAGUGUAUUUCGCUGUGGAUACAGUAUCAGUGUAUUUCGCUGUGGAUAUAGUAUCAGUGUAUAUCGCUGUGGAUAUAGUAUCAGUGUAUUUCGCUGUGGAUAUAGUAUCAGUGUAUUUCGCUGUGGAUACAGUAUCAGUGUAUUUCGCUGUGGAUACAGUAUCAGUGUAUUUCGCUGUGGAUAUAGUAUCAGUGUAUCUCGCUGUGGAUACAGUAUCAGUGUAUUUCGCUGUGGAUACAGUAUCAGUGUAUUUCGCUGUGGAUACAGUAUCAGUGUAUCUCGCUGUGGAUAUAGUAUCAGUGUAUUCGCUGUGGAUAUAGUAUCAGUGUAUUUCGCUGUGGAUAUAGUAUCAGUGUAUAUCGCUGUGGAUAUAGUAUCAGUGUAUUUCGCUGUGGAUACAGUAUCAGUGUAUCUCGCUGUGGAUACAGUAUCAGUGUAUUUCGCUGUGGAUAUAGUAUCAGUGUAUUUCGCUGUGGAUACAGUAUCAGUGUAUUUCGCUGUGGAUACAGUAUCAGUGUAUUUCGCUGUGGAUAUAGUAUCAGUGUAUCUCGCUGUGGAUACAGUAUCAGUGUAUAUCGCUGUGGAUAUAGUAUCAGUGUAUUUCGCUGUGGAUACAGUAUCAGUGUAUUUCGCUGUGGAUACAGUAUCAGUGUAUUUCGCUGUGGAUACAGUAUCAGUGUAUCUCGCUGUGGAUAUAGUAUCAGUGUAUAUCGCUGUGGAUAUAGUAUCAGUGUAUUUCGCUGUGGAUAUAGUAUCAGUGUAUUUCGCUGUGGAUAUAGUAUCAGUGUAUUCGCUGUGGAUAUAGUAUCAGUGUAUUUCGCUGUGGAUAUAGUAUCAGUGUAUUCGCUGUGGAUACAGUAUCAGUGUAUUUCGCUGGAUAUAGUAUCAGUGUAUUUCGCUGCUGUGGAUAUAGUAUCAGUGUAUAUCGCUGUGGAUAUAGUAUCAGUGUAUUUAAGCUGUCGCAGUAUGUGGAUAUAGUAUCAGUGUGAUAGUGUAUUCGCUGUGGAUAUAGUAUCUGUGGAUAGUAUCAGUGUAUCGCUGUGGAUACAGUUUCAGUGUAUAUCGCUGUGGAUAUAGUAUCAGUGUAUUUCGCUGUGGAUACAGUAUCAGUGUAUCUCGCUGUGGAUACAAUAUCAGUGUAUCUCGCUGUGGAUAUAGUAUCAGUGUAUUUCGCUGUGGAUACAGUAUCAGUGUAUCUCGCUGUGGAUAUAGUAUCAGUGUAUCUCGCUGUGGAUAUAGUAUCAGUGUAUCUCGCUGUGGAUAUAGUAUCAGUGUAUAUCGCUGUGGAUAUAGUAUCAGUGUAUUUCGCUGUGGAUAUAGUAUCAGUGUAUCUCGCUGUGGAUAUAGUAUCAGUGUAUCUCGCUGUGGAUAUAGUAUCAGUGUAUUUCGCUGUGGAUAUAGUAUCAGUGUAUCUCGCUGUGGAUAUAGUAUCAGUGUAUUUCGCUGUGGAUAUAGUAUCAGUGUAUAUCACUGUGGUUACAGUAUCAGUGUAUUUCGCUGCAGAUAUAGUAUCAGUGUAUUUCGCUGUGGAUAUAGUAUCAGUGUAUAUCGCUGUGGAUAUAGUAUCAGUGUAUUUCGCUGUGGAUAUAGUAUCAGUGUAUAUCGCUGUGGAUAUAGUAUCAGUGUAUAUCGCUGUGGAUAUAGUAUCAGUGUAUUUUGCUGCGGUUACAGUAUCAGUGUAUCUCGCUGUGCAUAUAGUAUCAGUGUAUAUCGCUGUGGAUAUAGUAUCAGUGUAUUUUGCUGUGGUUACAGUAUCAGUGUAUAUCGCUGUGGAUACAGUAUCAGUGUAUUUUGCUGUGGAUACAGUAUCAGUGUAUUUCACUGUGGAUAUAGUAUCAGUGUAUUUUGCUGUUUAACGUUUAAUCUCUCUCUCCCACAGAUAUAUUUACAGGCUGGAUAGCACAGACGCUGGGCACAGACAUUCUGACAGAGACGUGGCAGCCGAGAGGGGACGAGUUGCCAUCGAACUGUUCCCUAGCACACCAUGUGUUUAAUAUAAAGAGACUCACAUUACCGAGCCAUUCUUCCUUCUACUCGAGUCACGAUCACUCCAAGUGGUGCGUUUCCAGAUUAGCCACAGCCCCAUGGACAUGCAUUGGGGACCUAAACCGAAAUCCUAGCCAGAUCUGGAGGAGCGGGGGAUUCAUCUGUACACAAAACAAAUUCAUUUACAAUGCCUUUAGUAGGAUGGUGUCCUAUUAUAAAGCGUGUAUCCCCUUGUAGAAGUAGGUUUUUAUAUCAUAUAGUUAUAAUACAUGGAAAACUAAUAUAAAGAAACUAUAAUGCAGGUUGCGUUUAUAUUAUACACGCUAAUCAUUUCACACUAACAGGUUAUAGAAAAAAAAUUUUAGGGUAAGUAUAAGGCUUAAUGUACAUGUUGUGUGUUAGUGUAAGUGUGAGGGCCACUUUAAUGGGGGGACUGUCAGUUCUUGUUUUACUUUCCCUAUACUUAACAAAUAUGUAAUUUGUGAGGUUUGAAAAAUAAAGGUAAAUGUAAAAAUCCACAUUGCUUUAGUCACGCCUCCAUCUUAGCUCCCUGACAAUCAUUGUUAUUAGCUCCGCCCCUUGCACCUGUCUGUCAGCACACAGAAAUCUUACAGCAGCCAUUGAAAACUGUGUGCCCGCAUGCUGCUGCCCUAGAACUCCUAUGAUUUGAGUUGUAGACUAUCAACAUUUGGGGGAGGGGGAGUUUGAGAUCUAUGGUCUACGGAGAUAAGAAGAAAUGAAACAAGGAGGGAUACUUAUCAAAGUGUUUUGGAAAGUGAGAGUUACAUUCUGUCAUUUUGAUUAUAUUGAUUUAAAUGUAACAGGUUCCCCUUUCCUGCCCCACACUAACCGACUCGUGCUAGGGCAUUAAACUGCAAUGUUGUGUUUCCUAUUCUGUUAUAAAACUAGAAUAACCAACUAUAUUACAAUAUUUUCAGAAAAGGUCAGUAAGAAAAAUGUACACACAAACAUUUUAAUAUAUUUAUUUAAAAAAAGCAAAAGUUACAAACUGUGACAGAUCUCUCUGUCUUGGACUUGCAUGGAACUACUAUUACUUUGUUUGCUUGAUUCGUGUUAUUUUAUUUGAUUAGUGCUUUUCCCCGUUCGUAUGGACUCCCUACACUUCACCUGAAACUAACGAACAAAACUCCCGAACGGCCGGCCACCCAGUAGAGAAGUGUGCUGCUCACUAACCUCUUGGCCCUAUUAGAACGUUGAUGUUAACCGCAGACACCUCUUAAUUGGUGCCUGUAGCUGGGUGGCCGCCAUUCGUAACACGAACACGAGGUCGUGGCCAUUUUAAAUACACGAACACCCUAUGUUCGGUACUUUUAUUCACGAAAAGCCAUACCCCAGAUAGCCAUCCCGUGGAGUCUAUUCAUAUGGAGAACAGACUUUGUGAACACUUUGACUCCACGGUGAUUGGACUGUGUGCCUAGGAUCUGAGCGCUAUUCGGUACUUUUGUGCGCUCAGAUCCCAGAUAUCUGGGGACCCGUUCAAUGCCUGUGUUCUAUUACCAUAUUGAAAAGUUAUGUAUUUUUAACCAUUUUUGUCAUGGUCACUUAAGAUGGUCUUUGUUCAGGGAGAUAAUUGAAUUACUUCACAAUUAUCUCCCAGGCAGAGCAGAGGGUCUUGGGUAAUUAAAGGGGCAUGGCUGAUUGGUCAAUGUAAUGUCCUUGUCACAGUCUCCCAUCUGGUCCCCGAGGGGAGUGUUCACCAGGUGGGAGACCUGCAUAAAUACCGGGCAUGUAGCCCUCAAUAAACCAGAUUCCUGCUGACCCUCAAUACGGAGCUUUGUCUCGUCAUUGGGGGAAUUAUUCGUAUGGAUUACGCUUGUUUGGCUGUUUGGGAGACUAACUGGUUCGUGUGAUUGCUGUUCGGCUGUUUGGGAGACUAACUGGUUCGUGUGAUUGCUGUUCACCAGUUUGGAGCGCUCAGUGGCUACCUCUGCAUUCGGGAAGGGAACGUCCAAUACGCCUGUAACCCCUCUCCUGCCGGGGGAGCCGUAACACAAACCUAAAAAGAAGAUUAAUAAAAACCAAAGAAAAGAGUUACUUGCGCAUUAUCCCAAAUCCCUAUGUAUAUUUAAAUAAAUGGAGGUUAUGUAGUAACUCCAAUAGCUAUUAAAGUGUAAGCUCAUCUGCCACGUCAACGUAAACCUCUAAGAGAAACCUAACAGAAAAAAAAACAUGUAAUGUACUUUGUCUAGUCCUGUCCAUGGACCGCAAGAUGUCAAUAAGCGAAGAUCCUGGAGAAAAAGCCCUCAACGCAGCUG